AUGGCCGACGCACUGGGCUCGAAGAAGUUUGUCGACGGGGUUUACAUCCCCGUCGUCCUGAUGAUCGUGGGCACCCUCAUCGUCAAGCGCGAAUGGACCCCCUAUACCGUUCUCGUGGCGCUUGCUCUUGGCAGCUGGAAGUUCUUCAGCCUGAAGAUUAAGAAGGUUCUCAAGCCCGAUGUAUACCAAGAGUUUGAGCUCAAGGAGAAGACCAUCAUCUCCCACAAUGUCGCCAUCUACCGCUUCUCGCUCCCCUCUCCCACCUCGAUCCUCGGCCUCCCCAUCGGCCAGCACAUCUCGAUCGGCGAGGUCCUCGCGCAGCCCGACGGCACCCACAAGGAGAUUGUCCGCUCCUACACCCCCAUCUCGGGCGACCACCAGCCCGGCUACUUCGACCUUCUCAUCAAGUCGUACCCCACGGGCAACAUCUCCAAGCACAUGGCCUCCCUCAAGGUCGGCCAGCCCAUCCGCGUCAAGGGCCCCAAGGGCGCCUUCGUCUACACGCCCAACAUGGUGCGCCACUUCGGCAUGAUUGCCGGCGGCACCGGCAUCACGCCCAUGCUCCAGGUCGUCCGCGCCAUCAUCCGCGGCCGCGCUGCCGGCGACACGACCCAGGUCGACCUCAUCUUUGCCAACGCCCCCGAGGGCUGGACCGGCGGCGUUGGCUACGUUACGGCCGACAUGAUCACCAAAUGGCUGCCCGCGGCGGCUCCUGACGUCAAGCUUCUGCUGUGUGGUCCUCCCCCGAUGAUCAGCGGCCUCAAGAAGACGGCCGUCACGCUCGGCUUCGAGAAGGCCCGCCCCGUCAGCAAGCUGGCCGACCAGGUCUUCGCCUUUUAGAUAUAGCGACAAGCGUUAAACGGAAAACCAUUCAUAAACCACAUACACGUUGGGAGGCCACAUAUAGACCGUAUAGGUUUCAGAAGAAAGGGGGCCAUAAUGUAACCGAGUUACUUGUUC